AUGGAUAGUUCAGAAAAGGACCUGAUAGUUUGCAUUCGUUCGCCUUCAUUAGAAGAAACAUUAUCUGUCACAAUUAGCCCAAAUGCAACUAUUUUAGAUUUAAAACAGGCUAUUGAACCCAUUCACCCACAUCAUCCUAGCAGUAGUGAUCAACGCAUCAUUUACAGUGGAAGACUAUUACAGGAUACUGAAGUUAUUGAUGCAGUUGUCAGCAAGGCAAACCGUGAUGUGGCACCCACUUUUCAUUUAGUCGUUAAACCUUCUGUACGAUCACUUAAAAAGCAGACAUCAACACAGUCAAUACAAUCCACCUCUCAUGGCUCAAGUACUACCGCUACCACUACUACUUCUACCACUACUAUUUCUACCGAUAGCACCAAUGCAUUUACUGAAAAUAUCACUACUGCCAAUACACCUUUAACUACCAACCCUACAAACACUACUCAGCCGUUAGUUCAGCCAAUGUUGCAUAGUGGAUAUCACCUUGUUGCUAUCAAUGGACAAUACUUUCUUGCACCCGUUCUUGUUCCAGCCAGCCAGCCAAACGUUCCACUUUCACAUACCCAUUUUAUUACCAAUCCCGCAGCAGCAUAUGCUCCUGUUUAUCAACAGUUAUAUCAAACUGACAAUACAUCGCAAGCACAACCACUGCUCCAACAACAACAACAGCCACAACAGCCACAACAACAACAGCAACGAGAAAGGACCUUAGUUUUUCGUGCGCGCAUUGAUGCCCGACAAAUCACUUCUAUCUGGCUUAUACUCAAGCUGGCCGUCGUUCUAUUUAUGCUCUGCCAAGGAGCAAGUUUACAAAGGAUUGUGAUUUAUCAUCUGGCUGCCUUUGUAUUCUUUCUAUAUCAAACAGGAAGACUAAGAGUUGUCGUUCGUCGAAUUCGAAACCAAGGUAUAAUAAAUGGCAGACCUCUCGCACAGACACCGCCUCGUCGUACAGAAGUUCCCCCUGCUGAUAAUGGUGCGCCCGAUGGCACUCAACAAAACAAUCAUUCACCAGAUAAUCAACCCUCAGAAGGGUCUCCUCAGGAAACCAGCCCCUCUUCAUCCACUUCUCACGCCAACGCACCGUUGCAACAGCCCACGUUUUGGGAUACAUGUAAACGAUGCAUUGUCAUUUUUGUUGCCUCCUUAUGGCCAACCUAUGGAAGAAAUCCUCAGAUUGCUCAAGCCUUUGAUAACAAUAAUUAA